AUGCCCGUGCUGAAUCCCCAUCACCUGAAGGGCCAUCGGAAGCUGAGGCUGGCUCACCUUGAGCUAUGUCUGGCAGGUAAAAAACAGCUCAGCAUGAACUUUAACCUCAGACUUGAAUACUGGAAUAUGUCCCAUUGAUUGUUGGCAUGGCUAUUGUUUGUGUUGAUUAAACUCUCCCCAAAUCCCUGGCUCUGCCCUACUGGCUGGUCUCCCAGAGACUCGGCCUGCCCCCCAUCCUGACCUAUGCAGACUCUGUUCUGGCCAACUGGAGACUAAAUAACCUACAGGGUGAGCUCGGCCUUUGAACCUUACCCCCUGGUCUGUCACUACCCCAUAGCUCUUCCCCCUUGAACACUUUCCUUUUAACCCCUACCCAAAAUGCCACUACACCCUUGUCCACUACCAUCAAUUCUACUAACACCACAGGACCAUGUACUGUUUAGGAAAAACAUGUAUUGACAUUCUUUCUUAAACUUGUCAUUUCAGGGACAUGGAGAUUGGGUGAAUAUCAAAGAAACACUGUCAUGAGAAUUACAUUUGAAUUUCUCUCCUGUAAAUUCCUGUUUUUGGUUCUGUUUAUAUGUGGUUUCCAUGUGAUAUUCAUGUGGUUUUGAAUAUAGGAACUUGGAUACACUGUUCUCUUUCCCUGGGGGAGAAAGCUGUAAAGGCUUGUUCCUGGUCUCUGUCUUGGUGGAGAGGGCUGCUAGCUCAGGAAUACAGGAAAGUCUCUGUGUGUCUCUGUCUUUCUUUCUCUGUAUCUGUCUCUAUCUAUGUAUCUCUCAUACACUUUGUAUCUCUCUGUCUUCCUCAUUAUAACCCUGUUUCUCCCUCUGUCUCUUUCUGUCUUUGUGAUCUCUUUCUGUCUUUCGCGGUCUCUUUCUCUAUGAAUCCUAAGGGGAGUCUGAUUAUUAGUCCUACUUGUCCUAAAUUCCAUCCAGUGGGGGCGGUUUCAGCAGGGACAUUUCCACCCCGUCCACAGUGAAAGUUGACCCCUGGGUUUCAGUGAUGAAUGCCACGGUAACCUGUAACAUCAUCAGCAUACAGAAGGGCCUCUACAAAGUGGGUCAGUCUCUGAGGAAGAUGAAGGAAAUAUUUGAACUCAUGCACAGUAAGUUACAUCCACACCUCAUCCACAGUGAAUCAUAUCCACACCCAUAGUAUAAGUGCAAUUGGAAUAUUAUUGUAAUAUUUAUAUUUUCAGUGCACGUGGACCCCACUGCAUUCCAUGGAACUCGGAGAAUCUUCUUCUCAGGGUAAUGUAUGAUUCAAUCUAUACAUAUCCACUCCGUUACGCACCCCAUUCUGUGCUGUAAUAGUUUGAUACAUACACUACUUGACCAAAAGUAUGUGGACAGCUGCUCGUCGGACAUCUCAUUCCAAAAUCAUGGGCAUUAAUAUGGAGUUGGUCCCCCCUUUGCUGCUGUAACAGCCUCCACUUGUCUGGGAAGGCUUUCCACUAGAUGUUGGAACAUUGCUGCGGGGACUUGCUUCCAUUCAGCCACAAGAGCAUUAGUUAGGUCGGGCACGGAUGUUGGUCGAUUAGGCCUGGCUCGCAGUCGGCGUUCCAAUUAAUUCCCAAAGGGGUUGAAAUCAGGGCUUUGUGCAUGCCAGUCAAGUAGUUCUACACCGAUCUCAACAAACCAUUUCUUGAUGGACCUCGCUUUGUGCAAGGGGGCACAAAAAAAUUUAUGCACGCAUGACUGUAAGUCGCUUUGGAUAAAAGCGUCUGCUAAAUGGCAUAUUAUUAUUAUAUUAUAUUGUCAUGCUGAAACAGGAAAGGGCCUUCCCCAAACUGUUGCCACAAAGUUGGAAGCACAGAAUUGUCUAGAAUGUCAUUGUAUGCUAUAGCGUUGAUUUCCCUUGACUGGAACUAAGGGGCCUCGAACCAUGAAAAACAGCCCCAGACCAUUAUUCCUCCUCCACCAAACUUUACAGUUGGCACUCUGCAUUUGGGGAGGUAGCGUUCUCCUGGCAUCCGCCAAACCCAGAUUUGUCUGUCAGACUGCCAGAUGAUGAAGCGUGAUUCAUCACUUCAGAGAACGUGUUUCCACUGCUCCAGAGUCAAAUGGUGGCGAGCAUUACACCACUCCAGUCGAUGCUUGGCAUUGUGCAUUGUGAUCUUAGGCUUGUGUGUGGCUGCUCGGCCAUGGAAACCCAUUUCAUGAAGCUCCAGACCAACAGUUUUUGUGCUGACGUUGCUUCCAGAGGCGGUUUGGAACUUGGUAGUGAAUGUUACAACCAAGGACAGAUGAUUUUUACGCGCUAUGCGCUUCAGCACUCGGCGGUCCCGUUCUUUGAGCUUGUGUGGCCUACCACUUCGCGGCUGAGCCGUUGUUGUUCUUAAACUUUUCCACUUCACAAUAACAGCACUUACAGCAGUUACAGUUGCAACCAUGCAGGUAUGGUCCCAUUCUGACCAGAUAAGCCUCUCUUUCUGAAUCAAAAGUCAAGUGAAUUUUCAGUGAUAUUUCAAUUUAGGUUCUAAUCAAAGCGUAUCUCCCCUCUGAUCUCACCUCUUCAUUCGCCUAAUUUCUCCUCGGUCGUUCCUCCUCUCCAUCUCUCCAUGUACAGCAUCUUUCCUGAAGCGCAUGCGGGAGUACAUACUUCAUUCCCACCACCAGCUGAUAGAGACUCUGACUGGCUGUCCCCCUCUAGGUGACUUUGUCCUCUCCUGCUCCAGCCCCUCACUCUGCAUCGCCUAUAACUGCUGUUUGUCUGCCCUGAUGGAUCUGCGGAGUUACCACUUCUCCGCCGUGGCCCGAUAA